UUCACAUUUUAUACAUCUGGUGAAAUAUCUGUGUCGUUGUUCUAUCUGUGCAUAAACAGCUUCUCCAAUAGAAAUCCCGAUCAAACUCUGUGUCCACACCUUGGCUCACACACCGCGACGCAAGGUGACGUUCAAUUGCACCGACGUCAAACGUUGCCCUCCACCAUGCGUAUUAAAUGUAUUGUUGUUGGAGUGGUUGUUAUGACUGGACAAGGCCUCGGUUUAAAUUAGGAGACCCCGCCGUCGCUGCCACGGUAGACCUGCCGAUGGAGGGCAUGGACAUAGACCUGGACCCGGAGCUCAUGCAGAAAUUCAACUGUAUGGGCACCACUGACAAGGAUGUCCUCAUCUCAGAAUUCCAAAGACUGCUGGGGUUCCAACUCAACCCGGCAGGAUGCGCCUUCUUCCUUGACAUGACCAACUGGAAUCUACAGGCAGCCAUUGGUGCAUAUUAUGACGUUGAGAGUCCCAGCAUCAACACACCAUCCAUGUCCUUUUUGGAGGAUGUGACGAUUGGUGAGGGAGAGUCUGUUCCCCCCGACACACCGUUCACAAAGACCUGGAGGAUACAGAAUACAGGUGCAGAGUCCUGGCCACCCGGGGUAUGUCUGAAGUACAUUGGAGGGGACCAGUUUGGCCACAUCAACAUGGUGAUGGUGCGCUGUCUAGACCCCCAGGAGAUCUCAGAUGUCAGUGUGCAGAUGCACAGCCCUGUGUCACCUGGCAUGUACCAGGGCCAAUGGAGGAUGUGCACAGCCACAGGACUGUUUUACGGAGAUGUGAUCUGGGUGAUCCUCAGUGUAGAGGUGGGAGGCCUUUUGGGCGUAACACAGCAGCUGUCCUCCUUCGAGACAGAGUUCAACACACAGCCGCACCGCAACGUGGAGGGAGACUUCAACCCCUUCGCCUCGCCACAGAAGAGCAAACACAACUCCGGAGACCACAACAACUUGAAAGACCCUGGAGGAGCCUGGGAGGGCAUGCAGGACGCCAUCCAGCAAGAUCAAAACGGACUGUCUCACAAUGCUGUAAAUAGAGCAUCGAAUGGGCUCCAAAGCAAUCUAUCAGUAGUCACUUACAGUCAGGUCAUCAGGCUGCUGAUUAUCCCGCACCCCUGUCACCAUCGUUUCACGCACCUGCGCCUCAUGACAAUCACCUGGACUCCAUCCCCUCCUUGAUUAUCUUCCCUACAUCUGUCACUCCCCUUUUGUUCUUUCCUCAGGUGUUAUUGACUCUGUUUUCAUGUCGGUGCGUUUCGUGUUCAUUGUUUCUUUUAUUCAUAAAAACACUCACUCUCUGAACUUGCUUCCCGACUCUCAGUGUACACUCGUUACACUCUCGGUAUAAAUAUGAAUUAUUCUUAUUGAAAUACAGGUAGAUUUUGGGGAAAAUAUUCAUCCAUAGUACUUAAUUGUUACUGAGAAAUUAUUUGAUAUUGAGAUAAACACAGCUGCAUUGGCCCUUUUUUUUUAAAGUCUUGGACUAAAGCAUUCUCAGUGGAGGUUCUCCUUGUAGUCAUAAUCUGUGUCUGGAUAACCAGCCCUAUGUCAGUUCGUGGUUAAUAUCCUCACUGAGCAACAACAUCCACCACUACAGCUUCUGUACACCACCUGCUUUGCCAAGUUUAUUGCCCUUAAUGAUGCAAGUCAUUUUUGUUUUUAUGGAUUUACCUGUAUAUGAUGAUAACCCUUGUCAGUUUGCCACCAUAUAGCCCUCAGAGAUGCUUGAAUAUGUGUGUGUUCCGUGCCUGCUCUAAAUCACCUCAUCGUUCUGUUAUGGCUGGCCUUUUUUUUAAAUUCCAGACUGUAAAUGUACUGCCACUCCUGGCUGGGUACACCUGACUGUUCAGAAACCCUUGCCUCUUGCUCAUUCACAGCUUUUAUUGACUCAAUAAUGGACUGAAGUACUGCUGAGCUUAUCUUUCUGAGGAAUACACAUGUGCUUUAUGUAAGUGCCUGCCCUGUUCAGGUGGGUGCUGCUUCCUUACUGGCCUGCGACACUGGAAACGUAACUUUUGCAAACCUUGAGAAACUCCUAUUAAAUUCAAUGAACCUGGGCGUAAGCACGCAGACUCCGCAAGAGGCAUGCGCCGUUCAGCGUAAAAUUGUGCACUGUGUUCUGUGUCU